CUAAACUUUCGCGCAAUUUAAAACAACUUUCCGACCCUUAACAGGUUCACAAACUCCAGAACACAAUGGCCAGCAACCUACCGGAGGUUCCCGCAUCGCUGAAAGCGAUAUCACACUACCUGAAAACGGCCCAAGAGCACGACAGCCGAGAUCCAAUCGUCAGCUACUGGUGCAGACUGUACGCCUUACAGCUGGGACUGAAAAUCAAUAGCCAGGGUGCCGAAGAGCGGAAGUUUCUGAUUUACGUUAUGGAUUGGUUGGAAACUUCGAAGAAGGCGCACACCGAUAACGAAUCGAUCACACAUGAAGUCGCCGCACAGGCAUAUCUGGAGAAUUAUGCGCUUAAGCUGUUCCUGUACGCGGACAAACAGGAUCGGGCUGGAAACUUUGGGAAGAACGUUGUCAAAGCGUUCUACACGGCGGGGAUUAUUUACGACGUGUUGCAGACUUUUGGGGAGCUGACGGAAGAGGUUACUCAGAACAGGAAGUAUGCCAAGUGGAAGGCGUCCUACAUUCACAAUUGUUUGAAAAAUGGGGAGACUCCGGUUGCUGGACCGAUGAAAACCGACGAGGAUGAGGAUUUGGACAAUGACUUGGGCAAUUUGGGACCGGGAACUGGCGAAAGGAGUGACGAACCCAUGGCUGGACCGAGUAACAUACAGCCCCAGGCGCCCUAUCCGUCUAUGGGAUUCCAGAGUUGGCCACAACCGGGAGGAGCACCAAUCCCAUCCGGUCCACCGUCUGGCCCGACCAAUUUCAUUACCAAUGAUCCAUUCAGCAAUGUAAAAGCGCCAACACCACCCAGUGAACCGGAGAAACCUCCGGGCGGUUUCCAACCUUACACGGGACCUGCCGUGACCAGUGGAGAUGUUCCGGCACCGGUGAUUGGCGCAUCGGGAGUGCAACUAACACCGGAUCAAAUGACGAAGGCCCAGAAAUACUGCAAGUGGGCCGGCAGUGCACUCAACUACGAGGACGUCAAGACGGCGAUCGAAAAUCUACAGAAAGCUUUACGAUUGCUGCAAACCGGUCAGGAUAGUUAAGCUUCACUAUGUGUGAAGAGACAAUUGCAGAUGAAGUACAUAUAUGCAUUAUUUUUACGCAAUCAAAAUCACUAACCACUAUUAAAUAUUAGCUGCUAGAUUUGUGUACGCAACGCUUUUGGGCAUUCAAUAAAGAUUAUUUACUACUCA